AUGCCCGGAGACAAUGAGGACUGGAUCCGUGAUCGUCUGCCUAAACUGGUUAAAACACUAAAAACAGGCAACUUUAACACGCUGCCGUCAUUCAAGCCCCUGGUGCCAACCAAAAGAAAUGCAAAUCCAAGUCGACAAAGCAAGCACUGCCGGUGGCCGGUGCGGAGAUGGGUUCAAAAGCCAUGGACCGGACGGAAUCCGGCACCGGGUCAUCAGUGCAGAUCUUGGCUACUGAGAGAAAAAACUUCGGCCAACAGAAGAAGCCGAGUGCAGCCAGUAGCGCCCAAGAAGAGUGCGGCCAAGGUGAAAUUCGUGCAGGCGUUUGAUGAAGCGGAAGAGCCGUGGGAAAACCCUUACUAUCACUUUUUUGUUAUGCGGAACAUAGCCCAGUCAAAAGCCUUGUUUGCUCUGCUGGACGAGGGUAGUGUCAUUGGGCUGCGGGCAAAUUUUCAUAUUAUUGGUCGUCGCCGCGUGUUUCUGGCGAUUUCCUCAGUUGUGAAUGCUGAUGUUCCGCUAUUUUCCGUCGAGCUGUUUGUUCGAACCGACGAGAGAGCAGGGAUGAUCAAAUUUCGAACUAGCUCUGCCCAUCCUAUGGACAUUACGUGGAACACUCUGGAUGUCAUCCUUACCAGAGAAAAUGAUGGUCUCAAGGUUCAAAGUGGACGAUUUCAUGGAUUAGCCGGCACUGUGAGCGAGAGUACGGAAGAUGUGGUUAAUUGGCUUAAUACAUCGGACGAAUAUCGACGGAGGAAUACUAGCGGUCUGAACGCAUUCUUUGACGAUCUGAUCGCCAAGGAGAUUAACGAUUUUCAUCGGGACAGGGCUUCCAGUCAGCAGUCCCUCAGGCCCAGCUGGACGCCGCAAUGGACUCUCCCGCGCUGGCUUUUCUACAUCCGAGCGCUGUCGCUCGUCUGCGCCGAAACGACGCAUCCGGGCCGGUUGCCCACGCCCGCACGGUUCGCUGUUCCUGCAACAUGUACCCCUUUUGCUGUGGUAUCAGCGACUGGAGUUAUCCGACGUUCGACUGGGGCUAGUCCGGUUUCUGCGUUGCAGUGUAUAAAUUUCAAUACUUCUAUGUCUUGGCUUUCAUACUAGUGCUGACAAAAUACAUCAGAUUGCGCUAUUUUCAACAAUCCGGUUCAAAGUAGUUGUGCGUCCCGCAUAUCAAUAA